AUGCCGACGCCACUCCCUUCGAGUUUCGCUUCGGCCGCCGCUGGCAACACCCAAGAUGCCUCGAGUAGGAGAGGUGAUGGAACCGCUGGUGGAGAAUGGUCACGCACUCGUAUGAACGGAGCAACACAAACUUUCCGUCGUCCAUCAGUUGCCACAAAUCCUUCUCACACUCGAGAACCACUCUCCGCCACGACUCCGACCGGCGGUGCCUAUCCUACGCACAUGUCUUCCACUCUUUCGAGCGUGUCACGUAACGGGCCGUCUAGCGACACCCGUUAUUCAAAGGACCAGCUUCUCGACCUGUAUAAGGCUCAACGGGAUACUGGGAUUCUGACUAAAAAUGUUGCGGAUUAUUUUGUCGCCGAAUGGAACCCUCACGUGGAGAAUGCGUCGAUGAAUGGGGUUUGGGGGAAACGGGAUGACCACAAAGAUAAUUCAAAUGGACCUGAGGUGUGUUGGGAUCAUGGAGGAGAAGUUGAGCCUCUGGGGUUGGUGGAUAUGACCGAUGAUGAGAAAGAGAUAUUCACCGUCUCGGUCAAUUCCCCACUGAAGCCGCCGCCCACCAACGCUUCUAAGGAAAACGUAACUACCGGUGGCCCAGGCCGCAGAACUUCGGUAUCCUACUCGCAAGGAAAUGCGAACCCCUACAAUACCUCGUCCCCCAGUUCAGCACGGCCGGGUCCACGACGCCGGGAAACAGGCGAAUCAGUUGCGAACCCCAUGUCGCCCACGACGAGCGGCUCUCGCUUUUUCCGUGACGAACCUAAUACCUCAACCCCGCCUCCGUCGCUCCUGCGCCGCAAAACCGAUUUUCGAGACACUACAUCUGUUUCUAAGUGGGAAGAAAAGGAAAAAGAAGCUCAAGGCCGAGAGACAGCGGAGGCUUCUUCGCCCUUUGGUUCUUUGAAGCGUAGCUCUACGAACCCUGUGGCAAUGCCUGGCUCGACCUCUCCUUGGCCGUCUGCUUCUCAGAACGCCAAUUUUUCGCCCAUGGGUGCCUUUGGAGCGUUUAAUAUGGGCUCAUCCAGCGCUGCACAAACCCCGACGACUGAGAAGAAACCCGGAUUUGGUAGUUUGCGUGGGGAAAGUCGCUUGAAGGGAUUGUUCUCAAAGGAUAGCCUGGAAGACGUUUCUUCCAUUAGGGAGAAGCCGUCAUUGAGUAAUCUGGAACGUCUCGGUGAGAGUGAAGCUGAAAAGCGGUCUCAAUCGCCUUGGGGUGAACAAUUCAAGACUCGCGCCGGCCGAAGCGAAACAAACCCAUUUUCGGACGAGCCUCGCAGUGGGAGCGCUGCUCUAGGGGGGUCUCAGGACGUUAGUUCCCCUUCGCAGGCGGCGGACCAGCUUGGAUUCUCCGCCUUUGGAAUGACGUCUAGCAUCCCUGGGUUCCGUGAAUUGAUGCAGAGCCACGAGAACUCGCGCAACCCGACACCUCACCUCCAUGGGCGUGAACCUACCAGCCCCACGAAUACAAACCCAUACCAAAGCCCACAACAUGGCGAGAGGGGGGAUGCGGAUGAUGUGGACACUGACGGUUCUGACAUUCAAACUACUAGCCAUCCCGGACUUAGUGGUCUGCGAGACUCGAGCACCUUUGGCUCCGUCCGUCGUGUGGGAUCUGGAAUGGAUCUUCCAUCUCUCGACCGUAGCCAAACCUCUAGCGUCGCAGGGAACCGGAGUUUCAGCAAUCUGGGUAGCCUUGGUGGGCUCCCCUCUCUUGGUGGCUCUGGAUGGCCGUCUAGCGGAGCUGUUGGCACUCCGACCAAGGAGAGGUCUGCCUUUGCUGGAGGCUUUGGCGACCCUAUUUUUGGCUCAAUGGCUGACCUCCAGUCUCCGAGUUUAUCGACCUUGGGUGGAGGCGGACUCUUUAGUCCUCACACUGGAAUCUCAGGCACUGGAAGCAUCGGUCGUUCAAGCAAACUCGGUUCGCUCUUUCCGCAAGCGAUGCAGGAACAAAUUCAGGGCGAUCAGCAAAGGCAAGAUUUGGGCAGUCUUGAUGAGACGCAGCAAGAUCUACAAGCAGACGCUUCUGGUCAGCCGAUUCCUGCGACCACAUCCACUUCGCAUACGCCAGUUUCCGCUGUAGGCUCCAUUCCGACUUCCAUCGUUCAAGAAGGGCAACAGACAAGCCAAGCGGGAAGCACUGCAGGCUCGGUCCCCACAGCUCAGCAGCGGACCAUGGUGAUGCCGGACAGAAUGCGCUGGAUCUACCGGGAUCCGCAAGGAAACAUACAGGGCCCAUGGACAGGAUUGGAAAUGCAUGAUUGGUUCAAGGCUGGUUUCUUCAGCCCGGACCUGCAAAUCAGGAAGCUAGAGGAUCCAGAGUUCGAGCCACUAGCUCAGCUGGUGCGGCGCAUUGGCAACUCGCGAGAGCCAUUUCUCGUUCCACAGAUUGGAGUUCCCCAUGGUCCCGAGCCGAACGCAGCUACAUGGGGAGGACCUGCUCCUUCUGGCUCCGCCCAACCUCCAUUCCCAGGAAGUUUCCCAAGCUUUGGCACCACCCUGACGGCUGAGCAGCAGAAUGCUUUGGAGCGUCGCAAGCAAGAGGAACAGUAUCUCAUGGCGCGGCAGAAGGAGCAUCUUGCUCAACAACAGGCUAUAAUGAAGCAGAUCAAUUUCCAGCCUGGAGUUCCUGGAAUUCACCCUCCUCAACUUCAACACCAUUCCAGUGCUCACAGCCUUCACAGUCAGCCCAGCUUUGGCAGCAUCGCCUCGCCAAUUGGUUUCCAACCUUCUCCUAUCCAAGGUCCGAUGCAGCAGCAGCAGCAACAGCAACAGCAACAAUCUGGCUCCGGUUUUUUCGAUGCUCCAGGCCCUAUCAGGCCGAACCCCCUGCCCAACGUUGGCUCCCAGAUGCUCGGGACGGAUUUUUUAAACAGCAGCCAAGAGCAGCUCCCUACUCUUCUCGAUCGUUUGAACGUGAACAGUCGAUCCGAUCCUUUUGCCUUCGGUAGCCCAACGUCGCUCGCCGCUCGACAGCCCGAUAAUUUAUUUCCCAGUCCGCAGGUAGCAUCCAUGCUGCAAGACCGCGCACGACUGCAGCAGGAGCAAGAGCAAUUUGACAGCACCCACGGUGACAGCUUGUUUGACCAGCAGGCCCGCGAGGAAAGGCUUCGUCAGUUUCAUGCUCUAAGGGCACAAGAAGGUGAAUUUGGUUUACAAACUGCCGAAGGGCUACCAACUCAUCUCGCUACCGAUCCUUCUCAAUCGCUUGAAGGUGUCGAACAAAGUUCAGCUAUCGAGGAAACCUCGGCAUCGCUAGGACAAGAAGAGCCCGUCUUGACCCUUUCGCAGCAGGUCCAAAAGGCCGCCCAAGAGCAGGAGGAACAGGAGCAGAAGAAGCAACAAGCCGCCAGUGACGUUGCUUGGGCUACUAAAGGUGACUCUGCCAUGCCCCAGCCCUUCCCUCCACCACCGUCGGCUUCACCCCUACCUGCUCCAGCUGCCCAGCGUAACCGCCAGAAUGUAGCGGAGUCCCUCGCUGCCAACUCGCGUUCUCAAACCCAGACACCUGUUGAGGCACCUACCACGUCCGUUGCACCAUGGGCCAAGGAGGUGAACGAGAUGCCAAAGGGGCCGUCUCUCAAGGAAAUCCAAGAGGCCGAGGCACGUAAUGCAGCACAGAGAGAAGAGUUGGCAGCAGCCACUCGCAGAGCACAGCUACUUGCGGAGCAGGAGCGCCUUAGCCAGGCUCAGGCUCAGCAAGCUCCUGGUCUCCCAUCGAGCGCCAACUGGGCCAGCGCUGGAUCCCCCGCAACUCCCACAUCGAGUGGCUCAGUCUGGAAUAACAAGGGUUCAGCUCCAACUGCCACGACAAAGAAGACCUUAGCCCAGAUUCAGAAAGAAGAAGAGGCUCGUAAGCAACGUUCGGCUGCUGCUGCUGCUGCCCAGGCAGCUCAGAAUACUGUGGCUACUUCCCCCGCCCCCGCUCCUGCUCCCUCUUCUGCUGGAAAGCGAUAUGCGGACUUGGCCAGCAAAGCGCCAGCUGCCUCUCCAGUCAAUGCCAGCUCUGGCGCAUGGACCACAGUUGGUGCCAGCGGCAAGGCCAAGGCACCUCCUGCAGCACCCACGGGUCCGCGCUCCACCAGUGGGCCUGUUCCCAUCGCAUCAUCGCCAGUCCGACCCAAGCCGGUGACAGCAGUUCCUACCGCACCGCGGGCCAUUCCUGUCAGCGCACCUUCGAACCCUAGCCGGCCCAUGGAGGAAUUUGCCAAAUGGGCUAAGCUGACGCUGGGCAAGGGCUUGAACAGCAACAUCAAUGUUGAUGACUUUGUCCAGCAGCUACAGCUUCUCCCCGCAGAGGCGGAAAUCAUUUCGGACUCAGUGUAUGCCAACUCGCAGACGCUCGAUGGCCGACGAUUUGCCGAUGAGUUUAUUCGCCGCCGCAAGCUGGCCGAUAAGGGCAUUGUGGAGUCGGUGUCCACGAGCGCCCUUUCGGAGACAAACGGCGGGGGAUGGAGCGAGGUUGCUAAGAAGGGAUCUGCUAGCACACCGCGAGAGGAGGAUACUAGCAGUGCGGCAUUCAAGAUGGUUGCGCCUCGCAAGAAGGGCAAACGGUGA